AUGAUAUUGAACAAGAUAUUUAGUAGGAGCAGUAAAACUACCACUGCUUUGUGGAAAUUACAGAGAAAAUGGAUGCCAACUUCAAGGAAAAGUGUAGUUGACAUGGCCAUUAAAGAUGGGGAACUAAGAGUUUUCCUAGUAGCAGGGAAGGUCUUUGGGGACACCCUUGCUUCUCGUCUCAUGUCUGCUCUGAAGAAUCUGGCUCCUGUUCCUGUCUUUUUCUCUGGUGUUGGCACUGAUGAAAUUUUGCAGUUUGAAGAUGUGGAACACAAAAUCAAGAGUAAAACAGGACGAUUUUUUGGUUCAAGAAAUGCAAAAUCUGAGGAGAAAAUGAUCUUGAAAGGGGUUAGUGGUGCAGUGUCACCUGGUGAAUUGUUAGCCAUUUUAGGACCAUCCGGCUCUGGCAAGACAACUCUCCUGACAGCUUUGGGAGGCCGCCUUGAUGGAGAUACUAAAGGAACCAUAACCUAUAAUGGUAAGCCUUUCUCUGCAACAAUCAAGCGGAGAACUGGAUACGUUACUCAAAUAAACGCUCUCUAUCCGCACCUCACCGUCAAUGAAACACUAGUCUUCACCGCUCUUCUCCGCCUGCCCAAUAGUCUCACCGAAAAGGAAAAAAUCCUGCAUGCUGAAGCUGUUCUAAACCAGCUUGGCUUAACUCGGUGUAAGGACACCAUUAUAGGAGGACGAUUUGUUAAAGGCAUAUCCGGAGGAGAACAGAGGAGAGUGAGUAUUGGGCAAGAAUUGUUGAUUAAUCCAAGUCUACUCUUUCUUGACGAACCCACUUCAGGUCUUGACUCAACUAUAGCCAGGCAAAUUCUGUCAUCACUUUGGAAAUUGGCAAAAGGCGGACGCACGAUUUUGAUGAGUAUUCAUCAGCCCUCUAGUAGCCUAUUUUACAUGUUUAACAAAGUAAUGUUGUUAUCAGAAGGCAAUAGUCUUUACUUCGGAAAAGGUGAAGAGGUCAUGAAUUACUUCGCCAGCAUUGGAUUUUUCCCAUCAGUAGCCAUGAAUCCUUCAGAUUUCCUGUUAGAUCUUGCCAGUGGUGUUGUUUCUGGAGACCGAAAAGAGGACAGAGAAGCUGUAAAACAAAUUCUGGUAUCAGCUUAUCAGAGUAAUCUUUCCGAAAAAUUGAAGGCAGAGUUUCAAGACAUGGGGAAUCAAAGUCUUAAAGGUUCAGAAAAUAAGAAGAUUGGCAAAUGGAACACAAGUUGGUGGCAGCAAUUUGUUGUGUUGCUGAGAAGGGAUUUAGUAGAAAGGAGACAUGACUCAUUUUCUUGGCUCAAAAUUUGCCAGGUUUUGUUUCUUUCAGUCAUUACCGGAACUCUAUGGUGGCAAUCAAGUACUGAUAACAUACAAGACCAUGUCGGACUCCUUUUCUUCUACAGCAGAUUCGUCGGAUUCUACUCUUUCUUCCAGGCUCUUCGAACAUUCCCAAUUGAAAGAAUGAUGAUCGAAAAAGAAAGAGCUUCAGGAAUGUACAGGCUAUCAUCAUAUUUCAUGGCGAGAACCAUUAGCGAUAUUCCCAUGGAGCUUACACUUCCAACUCUUUUUGUCACCCUAACAUAUUGGAUGGGGGGCCUCAAACCGACUGCCUUAAGUUUCAUUUACACUUUGUUAGUUUCCCUUUACUCAGCCCUGGUGGCACAAAGCCUCGGCCUCGCAAUUGGUGCAGUGGUAAUGGAGCAAAUGAUGGCUAACACAAUUGCAGUAACGGUGGUGCUCAUAUUUAUGUUGGCGGGUGGAUUUCUUGUUCAAGAUAUACCGAUUUUUCUGUCCUGGAUUCAGUACAUUUCUCUUGCAUAUUUCUCAUACAAGCUCCUGUUGGCAGUUCAAUACAACGGUGAUGAAACGUAUAAUUGUGCUCCAAAUGUGACUUGUUUGGUGCGAAAUUACACUAGAAUUAAGGCUAUUGGGCUUGAUCACUCUUUGCUAAGUGUUAUUGCAUUGACCAUUAUGUUUCUGGGUUUUCGAUUUAUUGCUUACAUUGCUCUUAUAAGAUUUGGUUCAAAUCGUAAUAAAUAG